AUGCACCCCUGGCCUCCUUGCCUGGGGUUGGGUUGCGCCUACAAGCAACUAUGGGUUACACUUUGGGAAGAGCCCUGUAUUAUUUCGAUCUGUCAGAAAAUCAAUACACAUGUCUGGCAGUCAUCAACCUCAAAUGUUGCAGCUUCUGAAGCCGAAGCCGAAGAUUUCACUUCUGAUCUAAUGCACUUGGCCAUCGCUAAUGCUGGCCACAAAGAUUCAGAUUCUCUGACUAUCAAUGAAGAUCCCACACCUCCCAUAACCCCUACUUCACCAACAAUUGACACUCUGGCUGUCAUUGCGCCACCUGUCCUUCCCACUGUACCAGCUAUCACCCCUGCCAUGUUGCCUCAGGCCACUGAAACUAUCAUCAACCCAGUUCCCAGAUCCGCUGUUCAACUUCCAGUCUCACUCACAGGCAAUACUGUCAAUGUGCCCAUGGUCACUGUUACCACAGCCACUGAUGAAUUCCCGCCCAUUGUGCCUGCCACUGUAACUGACAUACCUGGCAAUGGGGAGACCCUGUCACAAGCUGUAGCCUCUGGGUCAUUGUCUCCUCAACGGGGUGGAGGCAAAAAGGCUGGGGUACUUGCACUGGUUUCAUUGUUGGAUAAUACAGCAGAGCAGCAACAUGGUCGGCCAAUAAGAAUACGCAAAAAGAAGUAG